UAAUUUUUAUUGAAAUUUUUGUAUCAUGGAAACAUUAUCAAACCAGCAGAAAUCCAAUAAAAAGAAACUUCAAAUAAAGGAAGAAUCAGAGGAAGUCAAGAAGGAAUGCAAGCUAUGGAGAGAUCAUCUGCAAUUCUUUAUUCAGAAAACCCGUGAUUUUACCCCAAUAAAGCCUGAGAAAGAGUUGAAACCAGUUAAAACCUCAUGCCCAUAUACAAUUUCUGCUAUCAAGAGACCAAAGGUCAUCUUUCAGAUUGAGAGAAAUGCUCGGUAAUUGUU